AUGAGAGCUUCUGAGGAAUUCAACUGUCUUGAAGUCUGGGUGGAAUGUGAUGGUUUCCGGCUAAAUGAGCUCAACCCUUCUUUUCAAGCGAGUCAGCGAAAGCAAUCUCCUACAUAUAAAUCUUUCUUGGAAAUAGGUGAUCCAUCAUGUUCCAGAUAUACAUUCCACGUCAAGAACAACUCUUUAAGUGGAUGGGUGGGAGAUCUGAUGACCGACAUUCAAAUUGAUCAAUUCACAUUAUGUACAGAUUUCCUUUAUCCAAUAGAAGGAAGUCAUGUCGCGCACGGACAAGUUUAUAGGGAGAAAUCAGAAGAAAUAGAUGAACUAGAAAAUAUACAGGCUCAAAUAAUCAAUGAUGAAGAUGAAGGUAGAAUCGUAUUGUUAUUCACCCCAGCUAUGAGUUUGGGUAAAAUCGUCUUCUCAAUCUGGAGAGGAACAGUGAACAGACAAGCAAAACAAAUUAAGAAGCGGUUACCAAGUUGGAUAACUGAUGAUAUGGCUACGUCGGCCCAUGACGGAUGCGACAUCCGUAUACCGCCCCAAGAUCAGAAAUUGUUUGAAACCUUCGAUGAAGACGAUGUUGAUCCUUGGAUUAAGUUUGUCUUUAUUUAUGGUACUCACGAUGCACUGAUAUUAAACAGAGUCAUACUGGCUACAACCGGUAAUCCGGCGUCAACAUUAAACACUGCUCCGACCAGUCAAGCUGAUAUACUUGUUCCUGACUCUGCACCUCCUUCACCCCAGCUCCCUUCUAUUAACGAGAUGGCUCCCCUUCAGACAAAGUCUGCUGGCGUUAUCCCUCAAGUAAAUAUGACACUGGACCAAAUACCGGAAAUCGGUUCCCUUGGGAACAAGCAAGGACCGGAUCCAGAAUACGUGAAGGAUACGUUUCACAUAGAAAAUGGAAAGGAUUCACGAAGCAAAGAUUGUACUGACCCAUCAAAUAACGACCGCGCGUCAAGGACCAUCACAUCACUUCUAUCUCAGAAGCCUUGUGUCGAUCCGCCAUCUAUCCCUCAAGCCAGUCUUGUGAACUUGUCUUUUACAGACAGAAGAGAAGAUCCUUCUAUAGAAAAGCACGCUGAACAAGAUGGAUGCUUCCCCCUCAAUAUGGAACAAAUACUGAGCGCACUCGAAGAACAGACCGAGUUCCCACUUGCUGAACCUGUCAAUAGCCAAGAGAGAUCACUAUAUCAAGCAGCAGCAGCCAUGGAUAACCCGCAACUUACGAUACAUCUAAACGUACUUGGUCAAAAUCUAUUUCCCAUCACUACUAUCACUGACCCUGGUAACGCAGAUACUGACGUCAAGAAGCGAAAGAUCUAUCAGAACGCCGACGCACUAAUGGGCCCAUUAAUCAGGAAACCAAGACCGCUUCCAAUCGUCGAAUCAUAUGAUUACGCCUACAACCCUUCUCCCACUCAAUCCAGGGAUACUAAAUUACGCUCUGCUGACUAUGCCGAAAUAGAAGUUGACGAAGCCUCAUUGCAACGAAUCUUCGGUUCGCCUUUCGAACCACUUGAUCCCAAUCGAUAUCAAAGACGGGAUCAGAGAGAAGAUAUGUCUUUAUAUAUGCGCAGAGAAAAAGAAAGGGACAAAUCCAGACAGGAAGAGAAGGAACGUGAAAAGUCUGCAGCCGAGAGAGAAUCGAGAAAGAGAAUGCAAGGGAGAGAAAGGCCACUUAGAGAAGGUGAGAAGCUUACAUGGGUAGCUAGAACGGAUCGCACAGGUACAGUGCAGCGGGUGGUUCCACAGCAGCGGAUAAGUCGCAUACCUGACGUCAAAGCCAGAUCGCGGAAAGAAGUAAAAGUCAGAAGAAGAAAUAAGGGAGAAGAUAAUGAAGGACGAGCCAUCCGAGAGGAUAGGAAUGGAAGGUUUGUAAGGGGGUUCGAGAAGAACGAGGGGAAAUCUGAAGACCUAGCUAUAGACAUGACUUUAAUCGACUAG